CCAACGGCUCUGCUAGCAUAGCUAUGCUCGCUUCGUUGAGUCGUACAGGGUCUCUAAAGUUGGUGAAAUCAGUAACUCAGUGCGAAUAAAAAAGCACAGUGCUGUUUUGUGAGUGUUUUCUCUCAGACAGCGCUAAAGGAGGUGAUGCUAGGGGUCGCUGGGAUGACGGGCAGCAUUGCGAAUGCCCUGGUCAGUGCAGUCUGUGAGAGGUGUAAAAGCGGCUUUGCUCCAACUGAGAAGAUUGUUAACAGCAAUGGAGAGCUUUACCACGAGCAGUGCUUUGUUUGUGCCCAGUGUUUCCAGCAGUUUCCAGAGGGACUCUUCUACGAGUUUGAAGGCAGAAAAUACUGCGAACAUGACUUCCAGAUGCUCUUUGCACCUUGCUGCCACCAGUGUGGGGAGUUCAUCAUUGGUCGUGUCAUUAAGGCCAUGAACAAUAGUUGGCACCCCGACUGUUUCUGCUGCGACAUUUGUCAGGCAGUGCUUGCAGAUGUGGGAUUUGUCAAAAAUGCUGGCAGGCACUUGUGUCGCCCAUGCCAUAAUCGAGAGAAGGCACGAGGUUUGGGCAAGUAUGUCUGCCAGAAGUGCCAUGCUAUCAUUGAAGAGCAGCCGCUGAUCUUUAAGAACGAUCCAUAUCACCCGGACCACUUCAACUGCAACAACUGCGGAAAAGAGUUAACUGCUGAUGCAAGAGAACUAAAAGGGGAGCUCUUCUGUUUGCCCUGCCACGAUAAGAUGGGGGUUCCAAUCUGUGGCGCCUGCAGGAGACCCAUUGAGGGGCGCGUUGUCAAUGCCAUGGGCAAGCAGUGGCAUGUUGAGCAUUUUGUUUGUGCCAAAUGUGAGAAACCUUUCCUUGGUCACCGCCAUUAUGAGAAAAAGGGUUUGGCUUAUUGUGAGACUCAUUACAACCAGCUCUUUGGGGACGUGUGUUAUCACUGCAACCGUGUGAUUGAAGGCGAUGUUGUGUCUGCUUUAAACAAAGCCUGGUGUGUCAGUUGUUUCUCCUGCUCCACCUGCAACACCAAACUCACCCUCAAAGAUAAGUUUGUUGAAAUUGACUUGAAGCCAGUGUGUAAGCAUUGCUACGAGCGCUUGCCUGAAGAGUUAAAGCGCAGACUCGCCCGACGUGAGCGAGACGCUAAAGACAGCAAGAAAAAGCCAACUAUCUUCCUGUAGCCUCUUUUCUAAACCGCUGCCUCCCUCUCUCCUAGUGGUUAUCUUUUUUUUUUUUUUUUACUUAUUUUACUGUUGCUUGUCAACUUCUUGUCUUGUUGUGUAUUUCUUUGGUAAUCAGGUUUGUGUUGAUGACAUGAAACUAGCAUGAAUCUAAAAGGUGUGUAUGCAUGCAGAGCUCAACUGGACUGCUGCUUAGAUUCAAAAACAAUUCUUUUUGACUACAAGGUCAGACAAAAAAAACACUAAACUAGGUGUAAGGUGUUUUGCUCAGAUGUUUUGUUACCCAAUCAACAGUCUGACACCCAACAUACUCCAGUGUUUUAUUCCUUUUUU